ACCGUAGCCAAGGACGCGAAAAGAUGCCAAAACUUCAAAUAAAGUGUAAAUAAAGUGUUAUUUUACAGUAUUCAGUGAGUGGCAAUUACAGAACAAAAUAUGAGUCGAAUCAAACUUGUGGAGUCGUGUGAUCAAACCAAGAAGGCCGUUGAUCACAUCCUAUCCCAUGAGGCCCCAGUCAUUGGCGUGACCAUCAAGAAAAAUUAUACGACAGGUCAGCUUGUACUAGUCCAAGUGGCGACGUCUAGUGGCCGAGUUUACAUAUUCGAUAUCAAAGAUGUGACGAAUAAGAAUAUUAUGAUCAAUGGUGGCCUUCACAGGUUGCUGCAAUCAGCUGAAGUUACAAAGGUCAUGCACGACUGCCGUAAAGACAGUGCUGCCCUCUUAAAACAGUUUGGUAUUCACCUACGCAGCGUGUUCGAUACUCAGGUGGCAUAUUCUCUCGUCCUGGAGAAGCAAGGACUGCAGGGCCGAAUGAUCAGCCUCUACCACCUUGCAAAAAAAUGCUCCGUCAACCAAUCAGAUGUCUGCUUUCCGGAAGAACCCAGCGACUGUAGCGUAUUUUGGUCACAGCGGCCUUUGCCGAAAGACUUGCUUAAAACACUCAGCGCGGAGGUCGCUGCAUUGUGUUUGAUGCUUCAUGGGAAACUUUCUGCUCAUAUCGAGAACUGGAAAGUUAUGUCGGAUCAGUGCCAGGCGUACACUCAAGCCUUGAUCAAACCCAAGAAGGGGAAGAAGCAAAACUAUGCAACGCCAAGACGUACGGACGUACCAACACUACAGUUCAGCAAAGAUCAGGCCAUGCUGAUUAAGCAGAGUCACGCAGAGGGUGUGAGUGCAAUAUAAGGGGUUAAUUAACCCUUAAGAGCUGUGGCAACGAGGGACAUUUGCACAACAUGAUUUUGUGCAGACAUAAAACUUUCUUGCCAAAACAGUAUUCUUUUCAGUAUUUGAUGUCCAGUUUGAAUUUGAGAGCUAAAUCUUGUUAGUUUGUCUCUUCCAUUAGUUGGUUUAUUGUCAAGAUGAUGAUCAUCUGCAUGAUGUGAUCAUGCACACAUGUGACCACGGAUAGGUAACAAAGUGAUCAUGCAUAUGAUGUGAGCGUGUUUAUUGCCAAAAUGUGAUCAUACAUUAUGCCAACAUGGUGAAGUCAUGGAUUUGUCAGCAUGAUGUGAUCAUGUGAUCAGAUCAUGUGAUCAUUGUCUCAAUAACAAAUUACAGAUACUCAUCGAAAAUAUCGAGGUAUCUUUUUGAGUACAGAUCUCAACUUUUUAUUUUGUACAUAUAUUUUUUCCACAACUGCAAUAUUUGUAUACAUAUAUUUGUGUGAUAGCUAACAGUCUAUUUUGCUAUUGUAUUUACUCAAAGUUUUACACUCGUUUUAUCUAGAUUCUUCUGCUUUUUAACACAACUUGUAUUUGUUUUGAAAUAAUUAGGUGUCAGCUUGUUAAUUUCAGUCACAUAUAAAAUAUAUUCUGCGAUAUGUCUCUGCCAAAAUCUUUCCAAAUGUGUUUUUGAAUACUGUGCAACGCCAGACUGUGACAAAGUGACUGCAAUAUACUCAACUAGUGACACGUGUGUUUUCAAAUAUACUCCGUUUGUGACUAAUCUGUCUUCAGACGUUUAGAUUCUGACUAAUGUCUUUUCAAAUGUACUCCGAUUGUGAAAUAGACUCAGAUUGUGAUGCAUGUCUUCCGAUAUACUCAGAUUAUGUCUAAUUUGUUUGAAAAUAUACUCGAUUUGUGACUUACCUGUCUUCAGAUAUGCUCAGAUUGUGAUGUUGUCUUUCUGUGAUGAAUAUUCCCCUGUGAUAUAUAUAUAUAUAAUUUGUGUUGCUUUUAGGCACAUCCAUAAUAAAACUUGAUCUC